UGUUAUGCGCAGUACGUGUUGAAUCUGACGUUGACCGAAGCUGUGUGGAAGUUGGUCUGGAGAUAAACUUCCUUCGUAAGCUUAACCCGUUUCAUUACCUUAUACAAUACAAAAGAGACGUUAGAGAAGGGAACACAAAAGGCCUUGUACAUGGUGGACGCGAAAUAUUUUAUGGCAGCGGAGAGAAACGGUUACAACGGGCAGAUAUUCGAGGCCCUGAAGAAUAGGUUUCCCGAAAUUCCGGAGCAAGUCAUUUCUCAAACCCUGCAGGCUGAGCAUGGAAAUACAGAACGUUGCUUGAGGAUUCUCACAGCGGAGAGCGAUAGAUUUUUAUAUGGUGGUGGUGUUGACAUGUUAGACAGUCCGAUGCCAGUUCAACCAUCUUCCCAAAACACACCUGUAGAUGAACCUAUAUCAAUCACAAUUCCCACCACAAACACAUCCCCAUAUCUACCACACAGAACUGGGCACGAAGGCUGUGCGUACGAGAUUGUAAUGGUUUCUGAACAUGCGAAGACUAGUAUAAACUGCUAUUUUAAUGCUGGCUCAUUUUCAUUUACGCUAAGAGGUCUCCAUCAGUGGCGUCAACAAGCGCGCUACUGGCAAAGGAACGAGAUUGUUGCCGAGUCUCUUAAGUCAAGUGACUCACUGGCAGCAGUUAAGUAA